GCACACACGCAGCCCGGUGGGAGGAGCUAAACCACUCGCUGCUCUGAGUUUGUCAGUUUCCUAAAUAACAUAGACGAGGGUCCGUCCGUGUAUGUCUGCUGGAGACGCCUGCGUAGAAAACUAUCGUAUUUACAGAAGCACUGGGAGGACAGAGGGAAUCUCAGAGCUAGAAGAGAAUUGCUGUCUGUAAUCGUGUCACCCCUGUCGCCAUCCUUCAAGUUUGAUAUCGAAAGGAGUUUCUUCUCCUGGUGGAGGACUUGCCAAACAUUUUCAGCAAGCCAUGUCAAACUGAUCCUGGAGUAACAGAACCGACAGCGGAACUAUGUGUUAAGGGUUGUCUAUUGACCUCUUAACUAUCUGGAGCCCACUGUUAAUCUUCUUUGGCUGUUAGAGGAAGUUCUUUUGGCAAUGGGGAGGAAGAAGAUCCAGAUCACCCGGAUUGUAGAUGAGAGGAACCGCCAGGUGACUUUUAUGAAGAGGAAAUUUGGUCUGAUGAAGAAGGCAUAUGAGCUGAGCGUUCUGUGUGACUGUGAAAUCGCCCUUAUCAUCUUCAACAGCUCCAACAAGCUGUUCCAGUAUGCCAGCACCGACAUGGACAAAGUCCUACUGAAAUACACGGAGUACAACGAACCCCACGAGAGCAGAACCAACUCUGACAUUGUAGAGGCCCUGAAUAAGAAGGAGCACAGAGGCUGUGACAGCCCCGACGCUGAUGCCUCCUACGUCCUCACCCCCAACACCGAGGAGAAAUACAAGAAGAUUAAUGAAGAGUUUGACAACAUGAUGAAAAGUCACAAAAUUUCCACAGGACUUCCACAGCAGAACUUCAUGCAUGUGGCACCAGGCAGUGUGUCGUACAGCUCUGGUGUAGGAGGGGCAACCUCCCAGGCGCUGGCUGCAGCCACAGCAGCUCUGGCUGACAGUGGGAUCCUCUCCUCGUCUCACACACACCUCCACAGGAACAUAAACUCUCCUCAAAGACCCCCCAGCACUGGAAACACAGGUGGCCUGCAGGGUAGUUCUGAUCUGGCUCUGCAAAAUGGGUCUGGACCAGUCGUGAACGGUUUUGUGGGCUCACCUGGUGGAAGCAGCUUGGGGAAGAUCAUACCACCCAAAUCUCCUCCUCCUCCUCCUCCUCUUCCACCUCCUGCGAACAGUGUGAUCCCUACCAGCCGCAAAACGGACCUCCGUGUAGUCAUCCCUCAGUCCAAGGGAAUGAUGCAAACACUGAGUAACCAGAGGUUGAGUGGAAGUCAGUCCAGCCAGCCUUUGUCCACUCCAGUGGUCUCCAUCACCACACCCAGUCUGCCUCACCAGAGCCUGGUCUACUCUGGCAUCAGCUCUGUGUACAAUAACGAUUUCUCUCUGAACAGUGCAGAGCUGUCAGGCUUCAGCUCCCCUGCAGGCCCCUCCUUAGGCUCCAUGGCAGCAUGGCAGCAACACCAGCUGGGCUCGCUGGGGUCAUUGAGCUCCAGUCUCUCCGUCAGCACCGACCACAACAUAAACAUCAAAUCAGAGCCAAUCUCCCCACCCCGUGACCACCUCAGCCAAUCAGGGUACAUGACCCAGGCUCAUGUCCCCCCACAUCAUCACUCCUCCACCUCCUCAUCCACCCGAGCAGAGCUGGGAAGGUCUCCUGCAGACAGCAUCAGCUCUUCCUGCAGCUCCCACGAGGGUGGCAGCGACCGAGACGAGCAGCAGCGGCAGGAGUUCCACUCGCUCCCUGUGAGUCGUUCAGAGAGUCCGACGGUCAAACGAAUGCGAAUGGACAGCUGGGUGACAUAAACCCUACAGUCACAUGACCAGACCACACCAGGGCAAACACAGGAAGGACACUGUUAUGCAAACAAAAUGUGGAUUUUUAAUAAUGUGUUAUUUUUAAUUAAGCUAUCUAUUUGUUUUUUUAUGGUGGUCAGACUUUUGACAAAAGUUGAGCAAUCUUAGUCUGAACAUUCGGAACCUAGUCUGAUCAUCUCAACCUUCAGUGGUACUUAAAACACAGCAGACUGUCAUGUUAAAGUAUAAAUCAUUUAAACGUCACAGACUGAUAAUGUGGGUCCAAUUGCAGCACUAUCUGUCAUGUUCCUAUCCAGUGGGAUGCAGUACAGUACACAGAAGAAUCAAAAAAAGGUGAGAUUAAUGUUGUCUUUAAGCCUUGUGGCUUCUUGAUUUGGUUAGUAAAGCAGUGAAGUGCUUCUGGAUGUCUCCCACUGCGUGUCACCCGGUUAAUUUCUGAUCUUCUCAGGGUUUGAAACAUUGAAUGAGUCCAACAUGAAAGCAAUACUCCGUCUACAUGAUCCCUGUUACUCCUCUUUUAAAAACACUUAUUUAUAUCAGCCAAAGCAGUAUGCUGUUUUUAUGUUGUUUGUGUGUGUUUUUCUAUUGUGCACGGAAUACGACAAUAUUUUGUUCAGAUUUAAGACUGAAAGCCAUGGACACUUGUUUUGUGUGUACUACCGAAAUAUAUUGCUAUGAUUUUGUAUAUACUAUCUUUAAUAUAUAUCAUUUUUUGGUGUAAAUCUACAUUGUUAAUCUGUUGUAUGUGAAACAUGACAACUCCACCAUAUUUUACAAAAGUAUAUUUUUGUCGAUGACUGCCAUAUUUGCAAGGCAUCGUCCUUUCUCAUCAAGUGUCUGUUGGAUAAAUCUGUUUUGUGAAGUAGGCCAUGUUGCACUAUCUUGAAACCGGGUUUCCAAAAAUAUACUGAAAGGUACAUGCACUCUGGAAAUCAUAUCUUAAUGAACAAAACAAAUCUAGCUCCUCAGACGCUGCAACAAAGAUGCACAUAUGAAAGAAAAACA